GCCACGAGGGUUAAAGUCAACUAUAUUGCAAGCAUGGGUUGAUUUGGUAUCAGUGUUAUCUGAUGCAUUUAUGUCACUGAAUUGGUUUGCUUUUGAUUACUUGUUAGCCCCAUGCUAGGUAACCAAGAGGCGGACAGUGUCCACACCCUGCUAUUUCCUGGACAAUCUUCCCUCAGGUUGUAAAGUGCUGAUCACAGGCUGGGAGAAGGGAAGUCAUUUUAAUGGCAUUUUACUGUAAUACCAUGCAGUGUGUGUAUUCAGUAUGGUGGCAAGUCUCCCUUGUUCCACAACAUAGGAAGUGUGUGGCAAGUCAACUUUGAAUUUUAGAAACCUAUGCAGUAUAACUCACAUUUUGCAGCUUUCAUCCACUCGAGCAGCUAGAUAUUUACUAACGUAAUUCAAGCUAAGGACCUUACUAAAGGCUACAGCAGAAGCACUGCGCUGGGAAUUGAAGCUUUGCUUUGAACUGAAAACUAAAUCAGGGUAACAAGUCCAGGUCCUUAUCAAGUACGUCAUACUGCAAUCAAUGAACACAUGCUUUAAAGUGUAGACCAAGCAUUUCAACAAGGAUUGCUCUUUCUGUCUACUAAUUAAAGCUCCAAAUCACUACUACCUGGAAGUGAAGGUUUUUUUUUUUUUUUUCUCCCCAAAUUUUUUGCUGAGUGUUAUACUUCUCUAAAUUUUCAGAUGUAAUGACGCUGAACUUCAAAGACAGUGCUGUGUCUGUAAACCAUACAUUGGGAUUCAAAUGAUGUUGAUAUCCACAGGAUAAAUGAGCCUUAUUUUUUUUAUCAGUGUAUCUUAUGUGUUGGACAGGGUGAGCCACACUCUUCGGAAAUAUGCCUUCCAACAAGUCGGUGUCAGAGGCACCGAUAACACAGUUCAUCAACUGCAGGAUACUGAAAGACCAUAAGCUGCAGAGGGAGGACCUGUGGGUGCGUGAGGGCAAGAUUCUGGACCCAGAGAAGCUGUUUUUCGAUGAGGAGGGGUUCGCAGACAUCAGAGUGGACUGUAACGGCAGGAUCAUUGCCCCGGGUUUCAUCGACGUUCAGAUAAAUGGAGGAUAUGGGAUUGACUUCUCUCAGGCAACCGAUGAUGUCAGUGGGGGAGUGGCCCUGGUGGCAAAGAAGAUCUUGGAACACGGGGUCACCUCCUUCUGCCCCACACUCGUCACUUCCCCUCCUCACAUCUACCACAAGGUCCUCCCAGAGAUCAAAGUUCAUGAUGGAGGGAAGGAGGGUGCAGGGGUUCUGGGAGUUCACUUAGAGGGCCCCUUCAUCAGCCUGGAGAAGAAGGGGGCACACCCUGAGCAGUACCUACGCAGCUUCCAGACAGGGGGCGCUCAGGACCUGCUGGAGACCUACGGGCGGCUGGACAACGUGAGCAUCUUGACGCUGGCGCCGGAGCUGCCCAACAGUCAGUCGGUCAUCCGAGAGCUGACGCAGAGGGGCAUCACUGUCUCACUAGGGCACUCCGUGGCCAGCUUGUCUCAAGCGGAGGAGGCGGUGCAGCAGGGCGCCACCUUCAUCACACACCUCUUCAACGCCAUGCUGCCCUUUCACCACAGGGACCCUGGCAUUGUUGGUCUCCUGACUAGUGACCAGGUGCCACCAAAUCGCACCGUGUACUAUGGGAUGAUUGCCGACGGCAUCCACACCAACCCCGCUGCCCUGCGGAUUGCUCACCGCGCCCACCCUGCAGGCCUAGUGCUGGUGACGGAUGCCAUCACAGCCAUGGGCCUGCCACCUGGACGUCACACAUUAGGCCAGCAGGUCAUCGAGAUAGAGGGUCUCCAUGCGUAUGUGGCAGGCACCAAGACGCUGAGUGGCAGCAUUGCCACCAUGGACAUGUGUGUCAGGCACUUUCGGCAGGCCUCUGGCUGUACUGUGGAAGCUGCUUUGGAGGCUGCCUCCCUGCACCCUGCCCAGCUCCUUGGCAUCAGCAACCACAAGGGCACUCUGGACUACGGCACCGACGCAGACUUUGUCCUGCUGGACGAUGCACUGAAUGUCAAAUCUACCUACAUUGCUGGCCAGCAGGUGUGGAAGAAGUGACGUCCAGCUUUACCUCAAUCAUCCACAACGUCCAAGAGCAUGUCACUGGAACUCCAAGGCGAGGAGUAGACAUGAUUGCAUGUGUGGCCACCACAUAACGCACAACUGAUUGUGUGCCUUGUGAGAACGGCUCGGUCAUUUAUGCAGGGGAUUCAUUGAGCCAUCAUACUUUUCAGGCAUACUUUGUUGACAUGAAUUUAAAGUUCUGGUGUAUGUGACUGUACCCAGAUGUUUCACAUUUUGUUAAUGAGUGGGAAUCAUAAGAAUAAGAACAGAGCAACAUUCCUACAUGAUUGUGAAAUAAGGAUGCAAUGAGGGAAAUGUUAUGAAUUUUUUUGAAAAUCCAUUGAAAAUGUUCCAAGAACGUAUUGGCAUGAGACAAGAAACUGCACUCUGGGAAAGAAUGCA